UCUUGCCCCUAGAAUCACCGUCAUGCACGUGUCUCUACCUUGACGCAAAUUCCUUCCUCUUCGAAUUUGCAUUUACUUCCCUUCACGCCUCGGGCUCGCCGCUGGUGCACAUAUAUCCACUUCAUGCUGCGAGCACGAGACCAGCCGUUUAUUCCCUCUCCAGGUAGCAUGUCGCCGAGGACUCUAGAUGAGGAAGAUUCAGGUGAAAGAUGGGCAGUUUGCUUUCGUGUCACCGACGGACGGUUGUAUUGGAUGCAUGGUGCGCAUAUUCAUGUUACUCCAUCUGGCUUGUACUGACC